UCAUCUUGACAACAGUGGGUAUGCAAAACUCGCGUGCAUGCUCCAUUAUCUGCGAGUAGUGUGUUUAUUGUGUGAAUUUUCUCUUUGAAUUUAUAUCUCCCUCGCAAAAAUGGUGUCUCUAAAUCCUGUCCGAAUUUUGAAACAUGAAGCAGAAGAAGAGAAAGCAGAAGUUGCCAGGUUAUCAAGUUUUGUCGGAGCUAUUGCUAUCGGUGAUCUUGUCAAGAGCACACUUGGACCCAAAGGAAUGGAUAAAAUUCUUGUAGCUCACGGAAGAAGUGCAGGACAGGUGGAAGUAACAAAUGACGGUGCCACUAUCCUCAAAGCCAUUGGAGUUGAUAAUCCAGCCGCUAAGAUUCUAGUCGAUAUGUCAAAGGUCCAAGAUGAUGAAGUAGGAGACGGGACAACUUCAGUUACAGUUCUUUCUGCUGAGCUACUGAGAGAAGCUGAAAAAUUAGUAGACCAAAAAAUUCACCCACAAGUUAUUGUAGCUGGUUGGCGCAAGGCCACAGUUAUUGCCUCAAAAGCCUUACUGGAUGCAUCCAUGGACCACAGCGCUGACCCAAAGGCGUUCGAAGAAGAUCUACUCAACAUCGCACGGACAACUCUCAGCUCCAAAAUCCUUUCUCAGCACAAAGAGUAUUUCGCAAAACUAGCUGUCCAAGCCGUUCUUCGACUUAAAGGCUCCGGCAAUCUUUCCGCCAUUCAGAUCAUCCGCAAAAGUGGUGGUAGCCUAGAAGAUUCGUUUUUGGAUGAAGGAUUUCUACUUGACAAGAAAGUCGGCCAGCAUCAACCUAAGCGCAUCGAGGAUGCUCAAAUUCUCAUCGCCAACACACCCAUGGACACCGACAAGAUCAAAGUUUUUGGCUCCAGAGUUCGAGUGGAUUCAAUGGCCAAAAUCGCUGAUCUGGAACUAGCAGAGAAAGAAAAAAUGAAAAGCAAAGUAGAUAAAAUUAUAAAACACAAGUGUAAUGUAUUUAUCAACAGGCAGUUGAUCUACAACUAUCCUGAACAACUUUUCGCUGAUGCUGGUGUAAUGGCGAUAGAGCAUGCUGACUUUGAUGGCAUUGAGCGUUUAGCCCUCGUAACUGGUGGAGAAAUUGUUUCAACUUUUGAUAAUCCUGAUCUUGUUAAAUUGGGCCAUUGUAAACUCAUCGAAGAGAUCAUGAUUGGUGAAGACACGCUGUUACGAUUCUCUGGAGUUCCUCUUGGUGAAGCUUGCACUAUCGUAAUUCGUGGAGCUACUCAGCAGAUUAUCGAUGAAGCCGAUCGGUCGCUGCAUGAUGCUCUUUGUGUUUUAGCCGCUACUGUCAGAGAAAGCAGAAUUAUCUAUGGUGGAGGUAGCGCUGAGAUGCUGAUGUCAGUUGCUGUGAGUGCCGAGGCUGCCAGAACUCCAGGCAAAGAAGCGGUAGCAAUGGAAGCUUUUGCCAGAGCCCUACAAACUUUACCAACCGCCAUUGCAGAUAACGCUGGAUAUGAUUCCGCUCAACUCAUCAGUGAACUCAGAGCAGCUCAUGUCCGGGGGAGCUUGUACUCUGGCCUUGAUAUGGACCAAGGCCGAGUAGAAGAUAUGAGAAAAUUAGGAAUCACGGAAUCCUACGUCGUCAAAAGGCAAGUACUUCUCUCUGCAUCUGAAGCUGCGGAAAUGAUUCUACGUGUAGACGAUAUCAUUAAAGCUGCUCCGAGAAAACGAACAGAAGAUCGCGGCCAUUGCUAAGACCGAUCAAUCAACUUUAAUUUUGCCUGUGUUUCAAAGGCCGGUGAUAUUACGUUGAUACUGGCAGAAGGUUCUUUUGCCAGUGACACCAGGCGGAGAAGAUCAAACUGAUGUCAGCUGUGUUUAUUGCUUUGUUUUCCUACUAAUAUAUUAUUUUAAAGUUAGGUUUAAGAUUCCCCGUGCUGUUUCAUCCUUUUGUUAAUCGAUUGCAUUUUGUACAAGUUUUUACACAUCGCACUUUCCAUCCAUCAAUUUUUUGUAUCUGCAAGAUAACAUCCUUUAAUGCUUGUCAUUAAUUCAAUAAAAAAUGAAAUAUUUUCUUUUUU